AUGUCCCUCCUCCUCCGCCCAACCACCCUCCUAGGCGCCGGCCUAGGCCUAUCCCUCGCCCUCCACCCGCUCUCACCCCUCCGCACCCCCUCCACCCCAAUCCAAUGCCAAUACAGCGCUCCCUACUCCCGCCACGGAGAGUCCUCCUCCGACUCCUCCUGGACCUUCAACGACCAGGACCCCCUCUUCCGCAAGCAAGGCAGCACCCACCCCGCCGCCAGCGACACAACAACCCAGUCCAGCGGGAUCCUGACCGCGUCCAACAUGCGGCAGGUGAGUCUGGGGAGUGUGCUGGGAUUGGUCGCGGGGGUGGGGCUCAGGGCGUUUUCGAGGGUGUUGGUUGUGUUGCUUGGGAUGGGUGUGGUGUUUGUUGAGUGGGCUGCUGCUAAGGGUUACAACGUUUUGCCUAUCAAGCGCAUGCAAAAGUACGUCAAGAGCUAUGAUCUUCAGCGAGUGGUGUCGCGCCAUAUCCCGUUUAAGAUGACGUUCGGGGCGACCAUGGCGUUGGCGGCGUUUGCGCAGUUUUAG